CCUGACAGGAUUAAGCGAGCUGUUCCCUUUCAUAUCAAAACUUAAUUUCCCCUCCUGUUUAUUUAGGUUUAUUUACUUACAUACUUAUCUAUAUGAACUUUUCUUUUCUUUUUUUUCUACUUUUUUUUUCUUUUAUGUUAAUGGUUUGUAUGUAAAUGUUACAUACAUAGUUAUGCUAUUAUUAUAGCCACAGAGCUAACAAAAACUAACGGUUGCUUAAAUAAAAAUAAAAUAAAAAUAGCUUGUUGGAGGAAUCUGAACAAAAAUGUCGGAGGAAUCUGAUCAAAAAUGUGAAGAUGGCAUCGAGCCCUCCAUGAACCGACACAAACCAGCAUCAGAGAAAACUCAGGACAUUUCUCAUCUACUGGCAAGUAUAUUCAAAGACCUGUACACGACGGAGGUCAUUGGAAAAGACACUGUUGCCAAUCUUAGCAAAUCGUACAGGAGAGGAAACGACCACCACGCCAAAUACGUGGAGGCACUUCAACAGGUUCAUUUGGAGUACAACCGGCGGAUUCAAGAUGCUGACAUGUUGGAGAAGCACAUCAUUCAGGCCCGGCUGAAGGCCAGGGAUACAGAGGAGCAUGUCCAGUCUCAGCUCAUGGAGGAGGUGGGAGAAUCCUACCAUCAGCUUGGCUUACCUCCAGUCAGGUCAACCUUUAUGUGGUGUGUGGACAACCGACUCCUCAAGAGUCACAACCUGAUUUGCCCUCAGGACUACAUAAUAGAGCAAGUGCCAUUUGUUAAAGCUCCACAGGGGAAAUCCGUGCUUGGCUUUGCUCAGCCAACGGUCUCUUUCAACAUGCACGCGUCCACACAGCCCCGGGACGACGGCUACACACUAAUCCCCGAGCCUGUUACAGCCCAGAGUCUGCUGGAGGAGUCAGAGGGGACGCUCACUCUGUCCUCCUCACAGGACACCUUCUCUAUUAGAAGCGAUUCCUCUCAGAAGGUUCGUCAGGCACCUAAACCAUUAUGCAAGGAGAAGCCGAGUCCAGAUGACAGUGCCGCCUUGCAGAAGUUUAAGAAGUGCCAAAACUUUCUGCGCAACCCUCAUUUUCAGCCCCUGAGUCAUCAACGAGGUGGAAAAUCUCUCAUCAUGCGAGAGAAGAGGGUGGAGAAAGGAGAAAAGGGCAAGAACGAGAGCCCUGAAGAUCCUAUGCCAAUAUUCAUCGCCAACCCACCUGUAGUCCUGUUCACUGACUACCAGAUUGGAGACGUCUAUGAGACCACAGUGGAACUGAAGAACACGACCGCCGCCAGCCGUCAUGUGCGUGUCAUCCCACCCACCACUCCACACUUCUCUACUGGUCUAGGCAGGUUUCCUGGGGAUGGAGGCAUCAUAGCUCCUGGGAUGAGUUGCCAGUACACAGUGCGCUUUGCCCCCGACUCUCUGGCUGAUUAUGAGGACUUCCUGGUGGUUGAGACACAGUCACCAUAUCCUCUGAUUAUACCAGUGGAGGCCCACAGACCCCCACCAGUACUCACAUUGCCUGCUGUUCUGGAUCUAGGCUACUGCCUGGUUGGAGGGGUGAAGCCCAUGGAGGUGGUGUGCCGUAAUGAUGGUUAUAGCGCUGGAACAUUCUGCAUCAUGCCCAAAAGACAGUGGCCUGCUUCCAGCCUCAGGUCUGCAGUGAAAGCUUGCUUUGCCGAAGAGCCUCCGUUUGCAAUCAGCCCCUCUCUGUUCUACUUGCUCCCAGGCCAGGUUGAGGUCAUGCAGGUUGUUUUCUUCCCCACGACUGCUGAAAGCUUCGCUCAGAGCUUCACCAUCGUCUGUGACAACUGUCAUGUGAAGGAUUUCUCUAUACAAGGCACGGGUCAGCUGGUCAUGCUGGAGCUGGUGGCACUAGAGGGCGGUGAAGAUCUGCCUGCACUUGGGGAACUGCGUGACCUGACUGCUGAUCAUUUUAUAAGAUUUGAACCGACCAAUGUGCACUCUGUGCUCCAGAAAAAAGUGAUAAUCAAGAACAAUACGCAUUUGGAGCUGCCGUUCCACUGGCGGAUCAUGAAGCCCAACCUGCAGUGUCUGCUGCCUGGAGAGACUCCAGAUCCGUCAUGCAUCCAGCAUCACGCUGCCACUGACAACGCCUUCAGCAUCAGUCCAGCUACUGGCCUGUUGGAUCCUGCACAAGAGUGUGUGUUCCUCCUUACAUACUGUCCAGAAGAGUUGAAGGAUUAUCACAGUGUCUGUCACUUGGUCAUAAUGAACGUCCCGAAUCUGCAGAAUAUUCAUGACAAUAGUCAUGCUUCUCAGCAGUCAGACCCGGUUGGUGACGUGAUCGCGAUGGAGCUUGAAGUAAAAGGCUCCACUGAGCCGUACAGGAUCCUGCUAGAGCCGUACGCCCUCUUCAUACCAGGAGAGAGCUACAUACACACCACCAUCCGCAAGGGAUUUAAGAUGUGGAAUCAUAGCAAAUCAGCAAUUUGUUUUCAAUGGGAGUGUAUCAGUGACCGCCACAGUAUUGAGGUCGAGCCCUCAUUCGGGGAAAUAGAAACGAAUGCGUGUUUUGAUAUGGAUCUGAUUUUGACUGGAGGCCGACCGGGUUGCCUAACCACCACACUUCAGUGUCACGUUCAACACCACUCAAACCCUGUAGUCUUGCCCAUAGAGGUCACGUUUAAGGGGCCGGACUUGUCUGUAAACGUGCCCGGUGUGGAUCUGGGGCUCCUGCAGCUGGGUCAGGAAGUAUGUGCUACUCUCCAGAUUAGCAACAGCAGCCCUUUAGAAGCCCAGUGGAGCCUGGAAGAGCUGCCCAGUGACCCUGCACUCAACCAGGGACAGGUGAGCAUAGAGCCCAGUCAGGGUGUUCUGCCUCCUUCAUCUUCCUGCAGUGUGAACGUGCUUUUCAGAGCCGUGUGCUGUCAGAGCUUUGAGUCUGUCCUGCAGCUUGCUGUGCUGAAUGGCACCGGAUGUUACCUGCCUGUUCGAGCAGAGGUCCAGCGUCCUCAGGUGUGUUUGUUGAGCUCUCAGAUGGCGCUGCCUGAUCUGUAUGUAGGAGUUGCACAGAGCCGCAAAGCAGCACUGUUUAACCAAACUCUACUGCAAGCACACUUCAUGUGGAGUAAGCUCCAGGGCCCUCAGGCUCAUCUCUGCUCUGCCAGCUUUACUCCAUCCUCUGGCACUCUGGGGCCCAACGCACACAUGGAGAUCAGUGUGUCCUUCACCGCACACACUGAUGAGGAGUUGACUGAAGUAGCAGCUGUGUGCGAGGUGGAAGGAAUGGAGAAACCUCUUGUGCUCAACUUCUGCUCCAAAGCCAAGGGUGUGAGCGUGUCCUACUCUCUGCCUCAUACAGACCGUGCUGCAUCAGAUGUUACUGAUGAGCAGCCAGUCGUGUUGGAUUUCACUGAAGACGAGCCAGUGUUUAUUGGCAAAUCAGCAAACAGACAGCUGCUGAUAACCAAUCACACUGCAAUUUCAGCCUCCUUCAUCAUAGAGGCAGAGGUGUUCAGUGGACACCGGUCCACGGAAUCAGUCAAAAACUCUAAACAGGGAGGUCAUUCUGUAAAAACGCCUUUCCGGGUUAUGCAAUCAAAGAAAAUAGAGGAGAAAGAAUACGAAGAAUUUGUGCGUGGACUUCUAGCUCAUGGAAAAGGUGUGGCGUUCUUGGUCGAGCCGGAGAAAGGGAUGCUGGGGCCUUUUGAAACAGUCACCAUUAACGUCACUGCUCACAGCAACAUGUGGGGCGAUUAUGAAGACCACCUUAUCUGUAAAGUUGGUUAUCUGGAGCCGACGCUUAUUCCAAUGAGAAUAUCUGUCAAAGGUUGCCCUAUAUACUUCCAGAUGAUUGGACCACAGCCCGAGAAUCAGAACCAAGGGCCAGUUAUACGAUUUGGAACUCAUAUUUCUGGAGGAGACACAGUGUCACGGUCUCUCCGUUUGAAUAACACCAGCGCAUACGAUAUCCGUUUGGACUGGGUGACCUACAACAAGGAGACCGAAGACAGGAAGUUAAUAGACUUGCUUGUGGCAUACGGUGAACCUUUUCCUCUUAAGGACGUUGACGGUAAUGAGGUUGUCGGAGGUCCAAACUCCCACGUGGCUUUUUUGCCAAGGUUGGAUCAAAGCCAAACUCCCAGCACAGAAGGAAGCAGCCCCUCUCUCAGAACCAAAUCGGAGACUUCAGAUUUUGAUGAAGAACAGUUUGAGGAAGAGGAGCGAGGAGCGCGAGUGUCUCUGGCUUCAGUGAGAAAACUGUUUUCUGUAUUUAUCCAGCCCCAUGAGGGAUAUGCUUCAGAUUACCCAUACUGCAUCACUCCACAGCAGAUAGUGGUCCCUGCAGGGGGUAGUAGCACCAUCCAUGUGUCUUUUACCCCUCUCACACUGUCUGAUCCAGCAGGCAGCCACACGUGUGUGGGUUACGCUCUUGGCUUCAUGUCACUGCAUUCGAAGGUGCCGCCGAGCAUUGUGGGUAAAGUGGCCAGAGCUCAGGGUUAUGAGCUGGAACCUCUGAGACUGGACAUGUUGGCGUGUGUUAAACCAGCCAUCCUGACAGUCCAGAUGGAGGAGGAUGAAGACACUCUGGAGUUCAGCGCUGCUGCCAGUGAUUUACUUGAUGGACACACACUCAGACAGGAGUGUGUGACAGUGCGCACGCUGCAGCUCAUCAACAGCACUGACGUUCUUCUGAGUUUCACACUCAACACACAGUGGCCAUUUUCUGUCCUGCAGCACACACACCGGGCCAGCUCCAACUCUCCAUCACACACACACAGCCUUGUGGGACACACUGAGAGACAGCACACACUGCUGCUGCCACCCAAACACAACAUGCAGGUGAAGGUGGCCUUUCACCUUUCAGCGUCCCUCCUGUCCUAUCAGAGUCAGCCGUGUACAGAAGCCCCGCCCACUGUGACACUGCUGUGUGGUGAGAGAGGAGAAAGGAGACUGAGAUUUCAGCACAGUCUCACUAUUCAGUACAGCAACAACUCUGUACAGAGCGUAGGUCUGUGUGCUCACUUGGCUCUACCCACGCUGCACCUCUCCUCUGAUAGCGUCGACUUUGGCACUUGUUAUGUGGGUCAGACCAGAGUUAAAGAAGUGUACCUCUCCAAUCGUGGUGGCUCCAGCAGUUUCUGGACCGCAAUGCUAGGUACAAAUAUCACUCCAGGUGUAGAUGCUGAAGAAGAGAGUAAAGUGUUCAGAGUCUCUCCAGAGCAUGGUCUUUUAAAACCUGUGGAGCAUCCCAUCUCCUCCUCUAGACAAGCGCUAGAGAUCAGCUUCACACCGAGUGACCAGGAGUCAUUCCAGACCACAAUCACCGUGCAAGGAAUUCUGGGAGAGCCCUGUCUUACUCUGCACAUUCAGGGAAGAGGAUCUCUCGAUGAGAGAUACGUAUCCCAAACACCUGACACCUGAGAAAAAAUAAACACUCUGACAGUUUUAUAUUUAUUGUUAUUUAUUAGAAAAAUAUGCUACUUUCACUUUUAUAUGAAGAACAAAUGUUAGUUAAUCAAAUAGGAUUUGUGUUUAAUUCUCUAUAAUCCUUACAAAUGACAAAGAAGCUUCUAAAAAGAUUGUUAACAUCUUAUCAAUGUUUCAAUCUUGUUUGAGAAAUUUCUCUAUGUGGAAUAAUCGCUUUUACAUCUCUUUAAACAUCUGUGCUUGGAAGAGUCACUGAUCUGAGGUCAGUAGAGAGGGCACCAUUAUCAGGACGCAAGUGUUUGUUUACAAAAUAAAAACUGCAACUGUACUGUAUGUGCAAAAGUACACACAAAAGAAAUAUAAAAAAAUUAAAUAUGUAAGGUUUCAAUAUCACCAUUCAGACUUAUAUUGAAAUGAGAAAUUAGAUGCACAUCUAUAAAUGACCAAAAAGAUAUAUGUAUCUUACAUACAAAUGAUAAGAUGGAUGGAUGGAUGGAUGGAUGGACGGACUUUAUUGAUCCCUGAGGGGCAAUUUGGGAUAGUUAGUUAACAAGUAAUAGAAGUCAAUCUCACCUUAAAUCUUGGACAUGCCCAAAUCUUUUUUUUUUUUUGCUUCAAAUACAACCCAGUCUAACAGAAAAAAAACAUUCACAUGCAACUUAUAUUCAGCGCCUUCUAUAUGUUGAAUAUCAACAUUCUGGCACAAGGAUACAUUGCAUGGGCUCAAACUUCUACUCUUUCUGCAAACACAAUCAGGUUUGUAAGUCACGUGGUAAUGCGGUACAGUAAUGCGGAUUUUUCCAAAAUGACUGAGGAUAGUUUUUAGGCUGUAAAUUCUUUAGGCUACAGCACACUAAGGAAAAUUGCUUCUGGGUGUCCAAGAUGGCUGCCCUGUGCUAGACUUCUAUUAGUUGUUAGCUACUUGUUAGUUGUUGUUUUUCUCCUACUCCUAACUACUCUUUUAAGCAUUACAAUUUUUACUUACUGAUCACAGUUUAUUUAGAGACCAUUUAGAGUCU